AUGCAGAAUUUUGUAAAUGGUCUUCGGAUGAAGACUGAGCAACUCAUUGACACAGCAGCUGGUGGCUCAACUAACUUUACAACAACCACUGGUAUUAAAAAGAUUAUCGAAGCCAUUGCAGCCAAUGAGCACCUGGAGUUGUAUGACCGUAGUGUUAGUCAACCCGAAUGGAUAAUUGACCUGAAAUUGGCAAGUCAAGUGGUGAAGAUGGAAGAUCAAAUAGCAGCUGAAGUUGAAAGGAGAGUGAAGAAGAUGGCUAUUGAUACUCAAACUGUGGCACAGGUUCAACCGAUUCAACCAACUCAAGCUAGUAAUUGCGAAAUUUGUGGAGGACCUCAUCUUACCGCACAUUGCAUUGCAACCGCACAACAAAUUGAGGAGAUCAAGUUUCUGAGGCAGAACAACCCUUAUUCAAAUACAUACAAUACGAGUUGGAAAAACCAUCCAAAUUUCUCAUGGAAGGAUCAACAAGGAAAUGUGCAGAACCAACCACAACAACAACAAUUUCGACCUCAGCAACAACAAUCGUAUCAACAACCUCAACAACAGUUUCAGCAACAGGUACCAAGAAAAGCUGAUUGGGAGCUUGCCAUUGAGAAGAUGGUCGCUCAAAGCUCUCAAUUUCAAGAAGAGACACGAAGUAAUUUAAAAAACACAGGUGCUUCAAUUAAGAAUCUUGAAAUACAAAUGAGUCAGAUAGCCCAACAACUAGCAGGUUCUCAACAACAUGGCGUUUUACCAAGUUCUACGGUUACUAAUCCAAGAGAAAAUAAUCAUGUGAAUGCGGUGACCACAAGGAAUGGUAAGUCAAAAGAAUUACCUGAGAAGAGUUCUGAAGAAGAAGACUUAUUGCUUGAAGUUGAUCUAGAGAUAAAAGAAAAUGAGGUUGCAAAUGAAGAGGUUACUAAUGAUGAAAGAGUGGUCAAAGAUAAAGUUAUUAAUCCAAAACCGGCCGUCAAACUGCCAUUCCCAACAAGAAAUAAGAAGAAAGGGGAGCAUGAGAAAAACUUUGAGAAGUUCUUGGAGAUGUUUAAAAAGCUUGAGCUAAACAUUCCGUUCUUGAAGGCGCUUGAGCAAAUGCCUACCUACGCAAAGUUCAUGAAAGAUAUCAUCUCGAAGAAGCGGACCAUAGAGACUAACCCGAUUAUUCUAACGGAAACUUGUAGUGCCAUUUUGUAG